AUGAGUGAACACCGGAGGUUUCCUCUAUUUUCUCUACCACAGUUGGUUCUGAAAGAAGUUGUCCUCUCGUUUGAUGUUAUCAGUCGUUUGAAUGCCUCAUUAUGCUCGAAGAAAUCCAAAUCGAUAGCUGCCUCUUGCAAAAUGCCGCAUCUAGAAGUAUCCAUGUGUCUAUAUGAAAGUUCCAAAAAUACUAUGAAAGUGACACAAGUCAACCGAGAUCCAGAACUAGAAACAUCUCACAUUCUGAGUAUGAUUCCAACCGAUAGCAAAGAGGAUAUUAGGAAAGUAACUCAAACUUCCGAAUUCGCGUGGGAAUUCUAUCACGAUCCAUCUGUGAACUUAACAGCGAUAAUAUGUAACAGACUCUUGGAACUCUACGGUUUGAGCUCACUGAAAUCAGUUAUAUUCCAAAAAGAUGUCGAGCAAUCUGACUUCGACAAAUUCCCAGUUUUGUUACCUAAUGCUGAAAGGAUUUCAAUUCAAAAGAAAGAGAUUACACAGAAGGAUUUGGAUAUACUCUUCAUGAAUCAUGACAAUGUCCAAUCGUUCUGCUUGAGACACCCAUAUCCACAAGGAUACAAAACAUGGAAAGCAAGAAAUUUAUGGUUGAAAGGUGGUCUUCCCAAAAUAGAAAGUCUUUUGGAAAUGGAUUACGAGAAAUUAGUCUGUCGACAAUCGUUCUACAAAACUUCAGAAAUUAAUCGAUUUCUGAAACAUUGGCUUCAAUCAACUAACUGCGGAAACCACAGAUACUUCAAACGAGAGAUUCGACUAUUUAGAGUUGAAAAUGAUUCGAAUAUGUUGGAGGAUCUUCCAGUUACUCCGUGGAAUCCGAAACAAAGAGGUCAAUUCUUUCACUUCCGAAAUCCUUAUUUCAACGCUGCCAUUGAUUGCUCGAAAGGUUUUGAUCUGUUGAGAGACGAUGGAGUUCUGGCAACUGUUAUGCCUAGUGACGAUGCAUUCACCUUUAAUAUUUGGAACGAGAGAUUCCCCGAUAUUCCAAAGAAAGAUUUUUAUUCAGAAUCUUGUAUUUUUCCAAAUCUUGUACAUUAUUAA